AAACCAUUCGCAUCCACACACAACAACCGGCUGGCUGGCUCCCGUGUGCUGCUGUCGGGGAGAGAGGCACAGAGACCAAGAUUCGGACCACAACAGAUUAACAUCAGCUUAGGUGGGGACCAUGGCUGAGGGGGACCGGCCCAGAAGCGGCCUGAGCCAAGCCAGCAGCACAGCGACCAUCACUUCGGUCUCCAUGGGAACAAAGCCACAUGCAACUCGGCCUGUCCCGAAGGUACAUACUUUUGGAAAGAGGUCAAAUUCCAUCAAGAGAGACCCCAACCAGCCUGUCAUCAUGCGGGGAUGGCUUUAUAAGAAGGAUAGUUCUGGACUUAAAUUGUGGAAACGGCGUUGGUUUGUCCUUUCGAAUUACUGCCUCUUCUAUUACCGAGACAGCCGAGAAGAGAUGGUCUUGGGCAGCAUCCCGCUCCCCAGCUAUGAGAUUCGGACGGCGUUCUCCAAGGAAAAGAAGAACCGGCGCUUCGUGUUCAAGGCAGAGCAUCCUGGCAUGAGAACUUAUUAUUUCAGCGCUGAGACUCAGUUGGACAUGAAUAGCUGGAUCCGGGCCAUGAACCAGUCAGCUGUUGCUGAAUAUGACUAUGGAACCUACAGCCGGGGCCUCCUAGACCAGUCCGCGUCUGCCCACAACAGCUUCGAGGAUUGCAUGCUCACAAAGGACGACAUCUCCAAAAGUGCCGAAUCCCUGGAAAUUGCCCACAUUUCGGAGGCGCAGGAAGCUGAGGUCUUCUCACCCGUGGCUGAUCGAAAAGAAUCUCCGUGCCCCGGGAGGACCUCUUUGUCUUCUUCAUUCAAUGGGGGAUACCCACAAGAAAUAAGAGAGCAACCAGAUUUAAGCUCCCUCUCUUCCCAGACGGACGGAUGCGCAUCACCUUUCAUCCACGCAAAGCUCUCCCCGCGGCCACGGUCCCCUCCGCCUCGCCGCUCUGACAGUCCCUCGCCCGCCUCUUCCUUUCGGACCCUUCAGCCGUCCCCUCUGCUUUCUAUUCGCUCCUCGCGCUCCUACUCCCUCCCUCUGACCCCCGCCGAAUCUCCUCGGAUACCGGGCGCUCACUCUUCACCGCCCAGGGCCCGCCGGAAGCCCCCACAAACCGUGGCUGCACAAGCCGCGUCGUGCGAAGACCUAUCCGCUCAUAGGACCCUCGUUCGGCCCAACACGCCCAUGGGGAGAGUCGACAUUGCUCCCAGUGAGGGCCUCCCCCCAAACCCCUAUGCCACUCUGUCGCCUGGCACCAGGGGGCACCCCCUGACACCUGCCGACCGCUACGAUGUCUUCCCUUCCUCGGAAGACCCCUAUUGCCGGCGCUACGCUCGGAGUCCUCAUCCCAGCAGGACCCGGCCGAUGGGUGAAGAAGGCCUCACGCCCUCUCUCGGGAGGCAGCCACAGACCAGGUUUUCAGACCGUGGUUAUAUCUCACCAUCCACAGGGACAUCUCGUACUUUGGUUAUGUCUCGGCUUCAGGGGCGAUUGAUCUCCCCCCACUCCGCUUCAUCCAGCUAUCUCCACCUGCCACCUUUGCCUCCCAUGCCCAACAGGCCCAAUGCUGGGAAAAAGACCACGUGCCGAAAUCUGGCGAGGGGUAUCCAUAGCUCUGGUGGGCAGCGAUUUGAAAGUGACACCGACGCUCUCUUGACAAAACUGUGCGGCCAAGAUAAAGUGCUUCGAGGCCUGGAAGAAGAGAUCAGCCAGUUCCGGGCUGAAAAGGAACGGCUUGAAAAGGCCUUGGAGGUGACGCGUCUGCAGAUGGAGGAGUUUAAAGGCCAGGAUGCAACGGUGGAGAAAAUCUGUUGCCAGCGGCGGCAGCUGCAGGACGAGCUGGUGCAAGUCCGAGCACGCCUGUGUGAUCUGGCUCUGGACAGUGACAGAGCUUGGGAGGAUUAUUCAAGCUUGGAAAGCGAGCUGCAGUUGUUGAAGGGCUCCUUGGAGCACAUCUGGAAAGUGGGGCACCCCCAAGACAGCGAUAGACUCAUUCCAGGCCACAGGGAGGGGGAGGAAUGUGGGAUGCAUACUUCACUAGGUUACCGGCACAACAAUUGA